UCUUGACCAAGUUCAGUUCCAAGCCGAGAGCAGCUAGAGAUUGGUCGUGUGUGUGUGUGUGUCUGUCUGGGUCGGUUCUCUGAACGUUAUUAACCGAGAGAAAAUACCUUUGCAACGAGAUAAAAAUAAAUUUUUUUUUUUAAAGGAGGGGUGUGAUUCUUUUUUUUCUCCCCCCACCCCAUUGAACAUUGCAUUUCCGGAUUAUCUCUGGUUAUCGCCAUCUUUUCUUUCCGCGUGGGAUAUUCGAGUGUGUGUGUGAGUGUGUGUCUGUGUUUAACCAGUUGGGGAUUAUUUGGACUGGUCGACGGGGUUUUCUGUUGUAGUGUGUGGUGGUUUUGUCUACCUGUAAAAAGAAGAAGAAGGCCGGCGGGCGUUCGAUUCCAUCCAGGCGCAACAGAUAUGAGGCCGUUAUCGUCAUCGACCGGACCGUCUGGCGCGGAUUAUUGAGCCAUCCUUAAACAGCAAAGUGCAUUUGUCCAGCGCCGAGUGGGUGUGCGUGCGUGAACUGUUAAAAAUACGAAUUUAUCUUUUUCGACUAUCAACGAGGCGGGCCGAAUUAUCGUGAUUAUUAUUCCGUUUUCUGACACAUGAAGAAAAUGCGUUGUUGUUCAGUGACGACGACGGUGGCGCUGCUGCUAAUCACCUACGUCUAUGCCGAUGUGUUGAGUGAGUCGCACCACGUGACGACGAGACAAGCCACGGGUAGCGGGAGGAAUAACCGCGUGACGGACGGUACUUUUUCAACACCCAGUCAACAGGAACUGGAGCGUAGUGGAUCUCCCCGGUCGAAUGCCAAUAAGCGCGUUUACGUCGAAAACAAGUACCGACCCGUUUUCUAUCAAUGCGAAUCUGCAACAUUAGAAGAAGGCAAGCAGCCCGGAACGGUCGUCUCGACAGUCAGAGCGUACGAUAAUGACACCGACUCGGCUGGCGAGAUAUUCUUCACCAUCUUGCGUGCUGGCUCUGAAAAAGAAUUUGAAGUCGAUCCCGUUACGGGAACCAUCCGGAGCAGCAAGUCGUUCGAUCGAGACGAGCCGGCACGAGAGAAAAUCGCCUACGUCACAGUCAAAGCCACAGACAGAGGCACUCCUCCGCUGGAAGCCAUUUGUACUUUCAACGUGACUAUCGGCGAUAUCAACGACAAUGCGCCCAUGUUUGACAAAUCGGCCUAUGAUGAAUCGGUUCCGCGCGAUUUGGAACUCGGCAAACUUGUCAUGCGCAUCGCCGCCACUGACGUCGACGCCGGUGAAAACGCCCACAUAUCAUAUGGCUGGGAUGCCGGAUCAGGACCCGAUGCCGAGUACUUUGACCUCGACAAAUCCACUGGAGCUAUUCACCUCAAAAAGAAAAUCACGCAAAACGAGGGUUAUAAAUUUGCGUUGAUGGCAGUCGCUCGUGACAACGGCACGGAACCAAUGAACUCCCGAGUCCGAGUCAUGAUCAAUGUGGCCUCGUCGAAAAUCAAACCGCCCUAUUUCUCGGAUAUCCCAGAACCGGUCAGUUUGCCAGAGAACUACACUUCGUACAAGACGGCCAUAGCCACGCUAGGAGCUCAUUCCAAUAUCGCAGCCCCGGAUCUUUAUUUCGAGUUGGUCAAAGGCCAAACGGAGCAAACCAAUAGCGACGAAACAUUCCGAAUCAACGAGCUCGGCAAUUCGGUCAAUAUUCACGUAGCCAAAGCCCUCGACUAUGAAAAAGUCACGCAGUACAUUUUGACGGUCCGUGUCAAGAAUGAAGCCGGUGUGGCCGCUGAAACAGUCCUCACUGUCAACGUUGAAGACGUCAAUGACGAAAUCCCAACUUUUAUGGCUGUAGAUGGAGGCAGUGUCCUGGAAAAUUCGCCAGCCAACACGCCAGUCCUCACAGUCCAGGCUACCGACAGAGAUGCCACCUACCCAAAUAACUGGGUGAGAUAUGAACUGCGCGAUUUUAAAGAUAAAUUCGAGAUCGAUCGCAACACUGGCGACAUUAAAACCAAAGUUAAAUUGGAUCGAGAAGAACGCAAAUCUUACCCGUUGACUGUAGUGGCCUUUGAUGGCAAAGAAUCGGCUCUGACAUUGGAUGGAUUACCCAAUCAAAGCGCUAAGCGAUUCCAGAUCGAAGUGGCCGACGUCAACGAUAACGCGCCGUUCUUCCCUCAAUCGGAAUACUUUGCCGAAAUUGCUGAAAAUGCCGACAUUGGCGCCAAAGUGAGCGAAUUGACGGCCCUUGAUAACGAUACCGAAUCCCAAUUGACGUACGACAUUGUCAGCGGAAAUGCUGGUCUAGUUUUCUCCAUUGAAGCGCAGACGGGAUUGCUUAAAGUCCAUCAGCCGCUCGACUACGAGACCACAAAGAGUUACGACUUGAUUGUCGAAGUGGACGACGGAAAGCAGAAGGCUACAACCAAGGUUAACGUCAAGAUCAUCAACGUCAAUGACAACAAACCCCAAUUCAUGAACAGCAAUCCUGAGCAAAUACACGGCAUAGUGGAAAACACUGUGCCGCUUGGACCCAUCGUUCGUGUCAACGCCACCGAUCCCGACUACGACCCGUCGACUGCCGAUGGGCCCAUGAAGAUCACGUACACUCUGAGUGGCUCUCAUGCCGAUUCAUUCCAGAUCAAUCAAUUGGGAGAAUUGUCGAUUGUCAAGCCGUUGGAUCGCGAUUUGCCUGAGGGUCGUCGUGAUUGGUCCGUUUUCGUCGUGGCUCAAGAUGAAUUGGACGGCGUCCGACUGGAAAACACGCUGGAAGUAGUGGUGGUGUUGGACGAUGUCAACGAUAACGCUCCCUUCCUCGAGCAGACUCGUGUUGUGUGGCGUGAAAAUCAACCGCAGGGCCGCAUUGUCGUCCUGAGCGCUACCGACUAUGAUGAGCCCAAAAACGGACCCCCCUUCCUCAUGAAAAUGGCCGACACUGCCGAGGAUAUCGUCAGAACCUCCUUCCGCAUUGACGGUUCUCCUACUUCUUCGUGGUCUUUGAUGGCCACGAAAACGUUCGAUCGUGAGGAACGCAAAGAAUACGCUGUGCCGAUCGUCAUUAGUGACAGCGGUCAACCCACAUCCCUGACAGCCACGUCGACGUUAACGGUGGUGAUUGGCGAUGAAAACGAUAACCCAAUGUCGGACGGUUCCAGUUCCAUUUUGGUUUACAACUAUCGCAACUCUUUGCCCGAUACGGAAAUAGGCCGUGUCUACGUCAAGGAUGCGGAUGAUUGGGAUUUACCGGAUAAAACUUUCGGCUGGUCGACUACCGUUACACCGCCUCCAUAUUUCACAGUCACGGCUUUGGGCGGAUACAUCACGAUGCGUGCCCGCACACCACCCGGCAACUACCCACUCAAAUUCCACGUAACCGACAAUAUCCGCCAAGAGGAAGCUGACGCGACGGUAAUCGUCACGGUCCAAGAGAUUACCGAAGAGGCGGUGCGGCGUUCCGGUUCGAUCCGUUUGAGCGGCAUUGGCCAAGAAGAAUUUAUUAAAGACUCGCCCAGCAAAAAAGAUCUGCUGCGUCAGAAAGUGGCGGAAUAUGUCGGAGCCAAAGAAGAGAAUGUCGACAUCUUCACGGUCAUGAGCAGCUCGCCAACACGCAACCACAGUGUCGACGUUCGUUACUCUGCCCACGGAUCGCCUUACUAUGAUCCAGUCAAACUCAACGGAUUGACGGCCGCCCAUCAGGACGAAUUGGAACGGAUACUGGACGCUGAAGUUCUCAUGUUUGGCAUUGACGAGUGUUUGCACGAAAAGAAUUCCAUCUGCUCAGAAGGCAGUUGCACGAAUCGAUUGCAAAUCACUGAACAACCUUACCGGGUAGCAACCAAUACCUCUACGUUUGUCGGUGUAGACGCUCGAAUUGUUCCAGAAUGCGUCUGCUUGGCGGAUGAGUACCUUUCGUCUUCCACUUGCUCGGCUACAUCUUGUCUAAAUGGUGGAACUUGCACUGGAGAUUCUGCUCAACCUUGUCGCUGCCCCGACGGAUUCCAGGGUCCUCGUUGUGAAGGUUUGGAUGUUUCGUUUGGAGGAACUGGCUGGGCUUGGUACGAUCCUCUACCCACCUGCGCUUCCGGAUUUCUCUCUCUGACUGUGGUCACCCAAACGGGCAAUGGACUCAUUCUCUACGCUGGACCGACAGCCGUACCACCCGAUACGUCCGUGACUGAUUUCUUGGCGCUGGAACUUCGAGAAGGUUCGCCAGUUCUCUACCUGGACCUUGGUUCGGGUACCAGACGCUUGGAACUGCCAGAUCGUUCACGUAAUUUGGUGGACGGCAAAGCUCACGACUUGGAAAUCAGCUGGAAUCAAAGAUCCGUCCAGAUGCGACUCGGUCAGUGUAGUGAUGGUCAACCCUACUGUUCUGCCUCUUCCAGUUUGGUUGGAUCUAACGAAUACCUCAACGUCAACGGUCCACUUCAAGUCGGAGGCAUUACGGCUGAUCUCCAGAAGCUCCGUCUCGCUCUCAAAUGGGACUACAUUCCAACAGAUAUCGGCUAUUCCGGCUGCAUUCAGAAUUUGACUUUUAACGGACAAACGUACAACCUUUUCGAUCCCGGAUUUUUCAAGAAUGCCACGCCAUCAUGUGCCGGUGUCGUUCUGCCUGUACAGACAGGAGCUUUCGGCUGGGAGAUUAUCAUAAUUAUUCUUGGAAUCCUUUUACUCCUGAUGAUUAUCGUCUUGGUAUUGGUGGCGUAUCGGCGACGAAGCCGCAAGGACAAGCCCAAAGAUUUCCACGAUGACAUUCGCGAAAAUAUUAUCAAUUAUUCGGACGAGGGUGGCGGUGAAGGAGACAUGACCGGCUACGACUUGUCCGUCUUGCGGAUGACUCCUGAUGGCAAACCGCUCAUUGGCCGCAGCGAUGACUACGGCAAAUUGCUCAAGGAUGAAGAUUUGAGACCGAAGAGAGCAGCUCCUGGUCAAGUUCCAGACAUUAGCCAAUUUUUGGAUGACAACAAAGGGCGCGUUGAUCGCGAUCCAGACGGCCUAGCUUAUGACGAUUUGCGUCACUACGCUUACGAAGGCGACGGCAAUUCUAUGGGUUCACUUUCAUCUUUGGCUUCUGGAACGGACGAUGGCGAUUUAGAUUUCGAGUGUUUAUCGGACUUUGGUCCACGUUUUAAGAAGCUUGCCGACAUGUACGGCGAUCAUUCAAGCGAAAGCGAGGAUGGCGAAGACGGACAACAAGGCGGACAAUCGGGAAGCGAGUCGUGGUGCUGAUUUCUACUUUGAUAAUAACAAAAAUAAUAAUAAGAAGAAGAAAAAAAGAGCUUAACGAGGCGGCUUUUUUCACCCCAAAUUCCAGUCUCUUUUUUAUAAAAAUUGAAAAAAAGAUAAAAAAAAGAAUGAAUCCAAUGACAAAAUGAGUUAUAAAUCCAACAAGAGAGGACCAAGCUGCCUGGCAGUCACAAAAAAAAAAGCGGAUGCUAUCCAAGUUUUUUUUUUCUUAUUUUUUUCUUAAUUAUUUGGUGCGUUGUACAAGACGUUGUGUGAUCUCACAGCUCGUAUGUUGGCACUGUUGUUGGAUUUUGUUGUUUAUCCGGACGGAUGCGACCAUUUUGAUGUACAUCUGUAAUGACCACCAAUCACCCCCCAAUUCUCUCUCUCUCUCUCUCCAUCCCUCAAAAGAAAGUCUUUCUUGAAUUAUGACUUGUAUAGAAUUUCUAAAUGCGCCUGGAACAAAAGAGUUUAAAUUGAUUUGUGUCUCAUCCCCCUCCUGAGAGAGAGAAAAAACCAUUUUCGAGUUAUAUAGUAGCCUGUAUCUUAAUACAGCUAGUCAUCUAAUUGGUACACCGCGCUGAUUGCUGCCCUUCCAUACACACAACUCGCAAUUUUUUGUUUCGAUAUACAGAAUGAUUUGUUUUCUUUCUCGAGUAAAUGCCAAUGUUUGUAUGUCGCGCCAUUUCACAUUAAUAAUUCUUUUUGAUUGAAAUGUUUUUCCACUGUCUUUAACCAAUUGAUUCGUUUUGUUAUCUUUACACACAAGUUUUUUUUCGUCACACACACACGCAACACAGCCAGAGAUGUCAUCAAGUGCCUUUCACCUGCACAUCUUUUUGUACUCGCGCAUUUUGUUCGUGAAACACAAACAAAUCCACAUGAAAUUGUCUAGCGUUACAUAUGCCAAUUUUCUUGUAUCUUGUAUAUUUGCGAAACAAUUGCAGAAAAUGAAAUAAAAAUCGUGGUGAUGAA